AUGGAAAUUCAUUAGUUAGCUUUGCCUAUUCACUUGAAUUAAUAAAAAAAAAUUAAACAGCGAAAUAAAGAACGUAAUAAUAAUGUUGAAUCGAAAAUGUAUAAUUUUGGUACUAGUUGGAGUACUUUUUUCGGAAAUGAGCAAGGCCGAAUGGAAACGUCCAACGAAAAUAGGAAAAGAGUGGCUUAAAUCGCACGACACCAAUGUUAAAUAUUCAAUCAAAGAUAUCCCACCGAAUGAUUAUAAAAUGGCAGCAGAGUUAAUGGCCAAAUCUUAUAUGACCGGAGAACCUCUGUAUUCCAUGUUUCAUGUUGCGUCCGAUCCAAAUAGCGUAAAAUUUCUUGAAAAACAAUUGCUGGCCAUCCUGAAGCAGAAGAUAUCUAUUGCAGCCUAUGAAUUGGGAACAAAUAAGAUGAUUGGCUUGAAUUUACUUUAUGUAGUUCAACAAAAUGAUGCACCAACUGAUGCAACAAAACAUAUAAAGAGCGGAAAUCUUAAAAAGACUCAAGAAGUACUUGGCUUGGUGGAACCUACUGAUGUGUUUGGUAUAUUGGGGGCCAAUAAAUACUUGAAAUGCUCUGGAAUGUGGGUGGACUCCGACUAUUUUGGCAAUAAAAUUGGCGACAAUCUUAUCUUGAGCAGAAAAGAUAUGUUCACCGAAUAUCAGUUAACCGUCACCACAGGCAUUUAUUCAACAACCUUUUCGAAUCAAUUCGCCGAUGCAUUGAACUUUUACACACACAAAUCAAUACCGUAUGACUCAAUCAUAGGAACUUAUACGGAAUUGCAAGGUAUUAACGGCACGGUAUUGACUUUCAAGUCAAAUAAUUUUCAAAAUGCAUGAAUACAUUUCUAAAUGCAUGAAAUGAAUGCAACCACAACAAAUGUUGAAUGAUAAAAAGAAUAUCCAACUUUAAUGUCGAUUCAAUUAAAAUAUAAAAAAAAUCGAACGAAAAA